CUCAACGACAUCAUCCUCUCGGCAGGGGCCAUCGGGAGCCCACAGCUGCUCAUGCUCAGCGGGGUGGGCCCCCGCGUACACCUCAUGAAACAUGGCAUUAAACCAUUGGUCGACCAGCCGAUGGUGGGGAAGGGAAUGGGAGAUAACCCCAUGAACGCACUCUUCGUACCAUCUCCUUCUCCAGUUGAAGUGUCGCUCAUACAGGUUGUCGGUAUUACAAAGUUUGAUAGUUACAUUGAAGCAGCAAGUGGCUUGAGCUUCUCCUAUGGCUGGACUCGGAAAUUCUUUGAAGGAGUCCUGAAUUUUCUCAACGAGACCAAUCUUAGUCCAACAACAUUUUCAACACAGUCCAUAGAAGACAUGCUCCGAUCCAUGGAUCCUCUAUUGAACGCGACAACAAGGGCAGGUGUGAUCUUGCAGAAAGUGUCGGGACCAAUGUCAAGAGGGCAUUUGGAGCUUCGGAACACGAACCCUUACGACAACCCUUCCGUCAGAUUCAACUACUUCCAAGAACCGGAGGAUCUGAGGAAGUGUGUUCAAGGGCUUAGCACGAUCAUCAAAGUGAUCAAUACAAAGGCAUUCUCCAAGUUUCGGUAUCUGGACAUGUCUGUUCCUAGGCUGUUGAAUCUGAUGUUGAGUGUCCCGACCAAUCUGAGGCCGAGGCAUAUGACUGCUACGUUCAAUCUCGAACAGUUUUGUACCGAUACCGUGAUGACGAUUUGGCAUUACCAUGGAGGCUGCCAGGUUGGGAGAGUUGUCGACAAGAAUUACAGGGUUUUCGGUGUUGAUGCUUUACGGGUCAUCGAUGGAUCCACGUUUCUCAAGUCUCCGGGGACUAAUCCUCAAGCCACAGUCAUGAUGCUCGGAAGGUACAUGGGACAGAUGAUUCUCCGAGAGAAGGCGGCUUACGCCAAGAGGAAGAGCCAUAAGAAGCAAGAAUGAUAUAUAUAUAUAUAAAAUCCUUUUCGGUUCGAUGAUUGGAACUGCAUAGCGGUUCAUAUUGAUGUAUGAUAACGGUGGAAAAGAUCGAAUUUUAUCAGAAAGGGAAAGAAUAUGUAAUGUA